ACUUAGGACAAUGAUGUGAACUGACAGUGAUAUUUAUUUUUCCUUCUUGGUUGACAAUCAUAUCCGUAGUCAGUGGCUAUCAGUGAAGGAGAGCGAGCUAAUUCCUAAGGGUUUACACAUACAACAACAUGGAGAGAAGCACAUUUUGUAUACUCCAUUACAUUUGGAAUGCAAUCCAUUCCUAUGAAAGAUUGUUACUGAUGGCUGGCAACAGGGUGUGAUGAUGGAACUGUGCGAUUACAAGAGGCUUUGUCCUUGGAAGGUGGUGCAAAUCCAAAUUGCUUGGGGAACAUGUCUUUGGAUCUGCCGUGAGGUUUAUAUACUUUAUAUUGAAGAUGCACAUAAAUACUGAACUCAGAAAUUGAAAAUCUGCACCAUGAUGGUUCAAAUACAGAUUCUGAACUUGUACGUAGUCCUAUUUUGUCAAUGUAUUUCCAGUGGCUCUCAAUUCACAUGCCACCCAAGUUUGCAGUGCUCAUCAGAAAGUGAAAAGGAAACUGGAAGCUUCUGAGAGAGGAAACUGUUCAACAAUGAAAAGUUUCCCAGCCUGACUCAGAUUUAACUAAAAUCAAGAAACUGAGGCCCAAAACAGAGCUUAUGGAUUGGCAAGACAAUGACUGGAGUUAUGUGGCAGUUGCCGCAUUUCUUGUGAAACAUGCUGAUAGCAGGAAAGGAGAUGCCUAUUUGUUAUCUAGUGCUACUCUGAUACCAUGGGCUUUUCUAUUUCCUUACCGGCUGUGGUAUGGAAUCCCCAAGCGAUCUAUUUCAUUUUCCUAUCACAGAUACUGUUAGAUCAGGAAAUUCAUAUAUCAUCAUUCGUGGUUCUAGCGAUGGAAGUAUUACUUUGGAUAGUACCACAACCAUUGAUGGUUUUAUGCAAAGAACUCUGGAGUUCAGACAAGAAAUGCUUAUGUACUGUCAAAGACGUCCAUAAACAGGUAGAGUAAGCCAGGGAGAUGGAUGGUGGAAAUCCUUGAAAAAUCAAUCCUCCCAGGAGACCAUCAGAGUUUCCUUAACCAUACAGAAGCUGGCAAUAGUAGUAAUGGCCAAAGUGCUGAACAAAUUUCAGUUGACCCCUCAUCUCGACGCAAAUACCCUAACGAGUGCUCAGAAGAGUACCAAUAUGCCAUCAUCUGAGAUAUGUCAGAUUUUGCGGUUGCAUAUUUUCAGUUCAAUUCAUCAGUCUGGCUUUCACUGUCUCCAUGUUUCAAAAAGAAAAGAUUGUCUGCAGUCAAAACCUGAAAUUUCUUACCAUGUUGUAGUUGUGGAGAUGAUCAGACAGUGAACUAUAUUUUCUUUGAUUUAACAAGGAAAACAAUGAAUGGGAUUCCUUUAGUGUUCCAACUGAUAAAUCAAACCACAUGCAGGAUUGUGCACUAGAUCAGGAGUCAGAAUUAAUCAUCACCGAGAAGUAUUCUAGUCAUGGAAUGCAUAACCAAUAUCAGCUUAGGAUACAUUGUCGAGACAGUUGAGUCAGAUCACACUUAAGCAGUUAAAGGCAUAUGAACUUAUGGCACGUGGGCCUUGUCCACUGGUUUGGAUCAAAGAAUAAGGUGUUGGAAGAUUGGUCAAUAUGGAAAGCUGACUGAGCAUUCUCAUCAUGUAGUUAGUGUUCGAGAGCCAGAAGCAUUUGAUGCAAUAAAGUAUGGCAGAGGAGUGAUUGGAGGAGUAGAAAGGUAUCAUUGCAAAGUUUCAUUAUCAAGUGCAAUUAUGCAUGAGUUAAUUUCACAGUCAAAAUAGAAAGAAGUUACGAUUAUUCAAAGAAAAAUUCACCUUCGCCCUUUGAUAUGAGGAGUAGACAGAUUCUUGCAAACAAUCAUGAUCCAUCGUAUUUAUGUGCGGGCUCGAAUCUCGCAUUCAAGGAAGAAGAUGCAAUCAUUCAGAGAAGAUUCAUCUUUGGUUUGCCUUCCCUUCCUUAAAUCUUAUUUAAUUCCAUUUUUUUAGGGUUAUUUAUUGUUUGUUGAUUUUGUUGAGGAGAGAUUUGAGGAUUCGGAAGAUAUCAUUGCUAAGUAUGAUGAGUGUCUGUGAGUAUACCAGUUCCUGCUCAAUUUGCACUUUUAAUUGAAUAGAUGAAUUGAGUUAAUUAUUUCUUGUUGAUGUAAUGACUAAUGAAGCAUUCACCUAUAUCUCAAUGAUCUGAUUUCUGAAAGAUUUAAUUAUGUUUGCUGGAUGAUCAUAUAUCAUGCAUGCCAAAUUGCAUAAUGGAUGAAAAGAAGAAAUAAGCGAGAUUUCUCUUUGGCUUCGCUAGGACCUACCCAUGUAUGCGCAUGUGGCAUCCUCUAAAACCAUACAGUAGUUUUACCAUCAGAAAAGAACAUGUUUACUACAAAGGCUGUCUUAGCUGGGAAGCCUGGGAUGAAGCAUAUUCCUGUAGUUGUUGUAUUUCUGAAAAUAAUUAAUGACCCUGGACUUUAAUGAAGCAUUUUUUUAAGAAAAAAGGGAUGAGAUUCUAAAUUAAAACCCCAGCCAUCCAAAAAAAUAUCAAGAACAUAAACAUCAUAUCGAUUCAGUCUUUCACCUUCCUAAUUUCUCCACUCCUCGAAUUUCUCUCCAUUUUUACAACUUUUUUACAAUCUUCGAGCUAGUUCCCGUUCAAACUGCAUCAUCUUCAACAAAACCCUAGAAAAGAUGGAAACUUGGCGCAUUCGAGUCUAUCAUUUGAAGUUAUCUUGAUUGUUAGGUGAAGCAUAAGCCAUUGUCCUCUAUUAAGGUUCUCACACUUGUGAAGCUGGGCACGCUGGUGAAGACGCUCUGAAACCCGGGUUUGCUUCGAGGAGAGCUUAAGAUCCUUGCAAAGUAUCAUUAUUGAGUGCAAUUACACACAGUCUCAACGUUGCAUUCAAAGAAGAAGAAGAAGAAGAAGAAGAUAUCAUUCACUUUUUGAGGAGUGAUUUGAGAAGUAGAAAGGCAUCGUUGCAAAGUUUCAUUAUCGAGUGGAAUUAUGCAUUGAUCUUGAGAGGAGAGAUUUGAGGAGUCGAAAGAUAUCCUUGCAAAGCAUCAUGAUCGAGUGCCUACUGGUGGCAAUGGAUGCAUUUGCAGCACACCACCUAUUCUCUCUUUUGUGUUUACUAGAACGAAGCAAGUGCAAGAGUUGAGCACCAGAACUGUUCUUAUCUUGGAGAUGUUUCUGAACACUGGCACUGUUUUGCAUUUGGGUAUGCUGGUGAAGACACUCCGAAAUCGAUGUUUUCUUCGGUGAGUGUUUAAAUUUGCUAUAUUCUUCUUUUUGUAAUGUAUAAAAAUCUGAUAUAUUGAAUUCGUUGAGUUAAUCAGUGCAAAUCACGAUUAUUUACUUGAUUAAAUUAUGUGUCCUCUUUAUUUCUUAUUCCCUUGUAUUUUGGUUCCCUAAUUUGCAGUUAUUGGCUUGAUCUACGAUUGUUCGUGGAUUUCUUAAUACUGUUAAGUAGAUAAAUACCAGAAUCCCAUUUCGUGGAUUUAUUGUUUGCUGUUGAUUUUGUAGAGGUGAGAUUGGAGGAGUAGAAUGAUAUCCUUUCAAAGUAUCAUUAUUGAGUGCAAUUAUGCACAGGCUCAAUGUUGCAUUCAAAGAAGAAGAAGAAGAUGAGGAGGAUAUCAUUCAAGGAGUGAUUGGAGGAGUAGAAAGGGUUAUUUAUUGUUUGUUGUCGUUUUUCCAAACGAGAGAUAUGAGGAGUAGACAGAUUCUUGCAAACAAUCAUGAUCCAUCGUAUUUAUGUGCGGGCUCAAUCUCGCAUUCAAGGAAGAAGAUGAAAUCAUUCAGAGAAGAUUCAUCUUUGGUUUUCCUUCCCUUCUUUAAAUCUUAUUUAAUUCCAUUUUGUUAGGGUUAUUUAUUGUUUGUUGAUUUUGUAGAGGAGAGAUUUGAGGAUUCGAAAGAUAUCGUUGCUAAGUAUGAUGAUUGAGUGUCUGUGAGUAUACCAGUUCCUGCUCAAUUUGCACUUUUAAUUGAAUAGAUGAAUUGAGUUAAUUGUUUCCUGUUGAUGUAAUGACUAAUGAAGCAUUCACCUAUAUCUCAAUGAUCUGAUUUCUGAAAGAUUUAAUUAUGUUUGCUGGAUGAUCAUAUAUCAUGCAUGCCAAAUUGCAUAAUGGAUGAAAAGAAGAAAUAAGCGAGAUUUCUCUUUGUCUUCGCUAGGACCUACCCAUGUAUGCGCAUGUGGCAUCCUCUAAAACCAUACAGUAGUUUUACCAUCAGAAAAGAACAUGUUUAUUACAAAGGCUGUCUUAGCUGGGAAGCCUGGGAUGAAGCAUAUUCCUGUAGUUGUUGCAUUUCUGAAAAUAAUUAAUAACCCUGGACUUUAAUGAAGCAUUUUUUUGAGAAAAAAGGGAUGGGAUUCUAAAUUAAAACCCCAGCCAUCCAAAAAAAUAUCAAGAACAUAAACAUCAUAUCGAUUCAGUCUUUCACCUUCCUAAUUUCUCCACUCCUUGAAUUUCUCUCCAUUUUUACAACUUUUUUACAAUCUUCGAGCUAGUUCCCUUUCAAACUACGUCAUCUUCAACAAAACCCUAGAAAAGAUGGAAACUUGGCGCGUUCGAGUCUAUCAUUUGAAGUUAUCUCGAUUGUCAGGUGAAGCAUAAGUCAUUGUCCUCUAUUAAGGUUCUCACACUUGUGAAGCUGGGUACGCUGAUGAAGACGCUCUGAAACCCGGGUUUGCUUCGAGGAGAGCUUAAGAUCCUUGCAAAGUAUCAUUAUUGAGUGCAAUUACACACAGUCUCAACGUUGCAUGCAAAGAAGAAGAAGAAGAUAUCAUUCACUUUUUGAGGAGUGAUUUGAGAAGUAGAAAGGCAUCAUUGCAAAGUUUCAUUAUCGAGUGGAAUUAUGCAUUGAUCUUGAGAGGAGAGAUUUGAGGAGUCGAAAGAUAUCCUUGCAAAGCAUCAUGAUCGAGUGCCUACUGGUGGCAAUGGAUGCAUUUGCAGCACACCACCUAUUCUCUCUCUCUUUUGUGUUUACUGGAACGAAGCAAGUGCAAGAGUUGAGCACCAGAACUGUUCUUAUCUUGGAGAUGCUUCUGAACACUGGCACCGUUUUGCAUUUGGUUGCUUGUUCAGAUGCUACUCUUAUGCUGCGGUGCUUCCGUUGCCUUUCUGGCUGUGGGAGAUUGCUGCAUUGGUUACAAAAACAUCUCCAGUCGUAGCUCUGCAGCAUUUGGUCAUUCUUAGCAAAGAAUCAAUCUUUGAGCAUCCAAGAAGUAACUGGAAAUCAAAAACCAAAAAAGGGUCAGAAAGAGCACAUCAAGACUCAUGCUACGCUGCUGCAGUGAUUACAAUUCUGAUGCCAGAUCAAAGGGAAGUAUGACAUCAUUAUGAACAACUAGAAGUCUAUUUUCAGAACCAAUGGACUAAAUAAUUUUAAUGCCCUAUCUUUAUCUCAUAUUUAUGAAAAUUAAAUCUAGUAACAAACUAUUUCCCUACUAUUUAGAUGUUUGAUUAUGGUUUGCGAGAGCAUUAUCUCUUUAAAAAAACAACCAUUGUUUGGAAGAUAACUUGACUAGCUACACAUAAGAAUAGACUGUAUCCUUGAACAGGCUUCACGGCAAAUUACGUAACAGGAGUAGAACCUUUAUUCCAGAUAUUUAGGGUGGUUGUAAAAGCAACUUCCUUUGUAGAAUUAAUGGCUGUCAUAUCCUUUUUUGCUGCCUCGGUCUCUGAAGUCUGAGCUUGUUUCAAGUGCUCCAAACAUUGGAUUUAUGAUAUAGAACCUGCAAGGAGUCAACAGUCUCUGUAUGCUUUACCAUGCGUAACUUUUAUCAAUACAUUGUUCCUCUUGCUUUAUGCAAGUGAAUAAUCCGUUGCUCACUUGGACGGGUGGUAAAAGUUCAUAAGGAGGAUGCAUCGUCCGAACUCUUAUUAUCAUGGAGAAGUUCCUGAAGAUCUGAACUGUUUUGCUUACCUGUAACUGUUACUUUUAAGAAAAAUUGAAUCACAUCACAUAUAUAAUUUGUCUAAAAGCUGUGCAGAAUGGAAACUACAAGAGGAAAAAAACGCUUCAUCAGCAUUUGUUGACAACGAGUUAGUUUUUAGUUUUCAAUUACUGUAUAUACGUGUGAUGAGCUUUCAUUCUCUUUUUGACUCUUUAACUGAGUGUUUAAUUACAUCAAUAAGUGGCACUGGCACAAUAAUAUUUUCUUCUUCGCUUUUGGUUUUCCACUCUUCCAUGUUUUUUGUUAUAUUUAUUUAUUUAUUUGUGGGGGUUGGUUUAUCCGUUCCUAAUUUGUGUGUGGUUUUUGCAGAUAUAUUCCUUCAUGACAUGUGGAUACUUUGGUUGGUUGGUUUAUUAAUAUACAUGGUACAGAGGCUUUGACAUGAGAAGAUGGUGCGAUUUCAAAAUGCUUGGAGAGCAUGUUGGUGGAUCUGCUGUUUAGGUCUAUAUACUAUUAUAUUGAAGACACAUAAUAAUGGCAAAUGAAACCUGCAGUUCUAACAAUAGUUUGUUCAGUAUUUCAAGAAACUUUUGGGUAAUGCUAAGGACACAAUUGCUGCUGAUCCUAAUAUUAUCUCAAAUGGCUGCGUGGAGUGUUAUCAGUGAAGAUUUAUUUCUGGCGGUAGAAGAAUUCUUCUUUUCGGGGCUGACAUUGCUGAAAUGGCUUCACAAACAUCUCCAGUUCUACCUUUGUUCAGGCUGAAGGUUGCUUUAAUGAUAUCCUACGCUUUGGAAGCAGAACACUUUGGCUAGACCUCGCGAUUAUCAGCUGAAAAUUAACUGCAGGAAUUGUGAUCUUCCACGUUUAAUAUCAGCACAUACAGAUGCUAAAGGGCUUGCGAAGGCUUCUGAUGAUCUAGGGUUUGUGCUGGAGGAAACAGGUACCUUCUCCCCUUCUACAGCUUCUCUCCGUUUCUUCAACUUUUUUCUUUUUGGUUUGUUUUUACAAUUUUGGAGCUAGGGUUUCUCUUUUACUUCUGAUCAGCAUCAUGAACGGCCGCGGCGAGUUUCCCUUCGAACUGCGUCAUCUUCAACAAAACCCUAGAAAGAUGGAAACUUGGCGCCUUCAAGUCUAUGUUUCGAAAUUUAUUUUGAUUUUCAGAGGUGAGCUUUGACGAGUAGAAUGAUGUCCUUACAAAGUAUCCUUAUCGAGGGCAAUUAUGCACAGGCUGAAUGUUGCAUUCGAAGAAGAAGAAGAAGAAGAAGAAAAUAUCAUUCACUUUUGAGGACUGAUUUGAGAAGUAGAAAGGAAUCCUUGCGAAGUUUCCAUUAUCGAGUGCAAUUACAGCUCUGGGAUUAUUCAAAGAAGAAUUCUCCUUCAUCCUUCGACGAGAGAUUUUUAUGAUUCGAAAGAUAUCCUUGCAAAAGUAUCAAUGAUCGAGUGCCUGUGGAGCUGGAUGCAUUUGUUAUUUCAGGUGUAGCAAAAAUGUGCAGCAUGUGGAAUUUAUUGGAAUGAAGCAAAGUGAAAGAGUUGAGCACAAUUCAGUAUCUCUGAGUGGAGUUUGCAUCUCAGAAAAAGUUGAAUCAGGGAUAUCAUGCAGUAGGGUGGUACAAGUUUCUGGUGGAGGAUGGUGGCAUCCAAACUCUUAUUAUCUUGGAAAUGGUCCCGAAAGUCAGAAAUGUUUUGCGUAUCUAAAGUCAGUGGCUAUCAGUGAAGGAGAGCGAGCUAAUUCCUAAGGGUUUACACAUACAACAACAUGGAGAGAAGCACAUUUUGUAUACUCCAUUACAUUUGGAAUGCAAUCCAUUCCUAUGAAAGAUUGUUACUGAUGGCUGGCACCAGGGUGUGAUGAUGGAACUGUGCGAUUACAAGAUACUGUUAGAUCAGGAAAUUCAUAUAUCAUCAUUCAUGGUUCUAGCGAUGGAAGUAUUACUUUGGGUAGUGCCACAGCCAUUGAUGGUUUUAUGCAAAGAACUCUGGAGUUCAGACAAGAAAUGCUUAUGUACUGUCAAAGACGUCCACAAACAGGUAGAGUAAGCCAGGGAGAUGGAUGGUGGAAAUCCUUGAAAAAUCAAUCCUCUCAGGAGACUAUCAGAGUUUACUUAACCAUACAGAAGCUGGCAAUAGUAGUAAUGGCCAAAUAUUGAAAGCUGACUGAUCAUUCUCAUCAUGUAGUUAGUGUUCGAGAGCCAGAAGCAUUUGAUGCAAUAAAGUAUGGCAGACUGGUGGCAAUGGAUGCAUUUGCAGCACACCACCUAUUCUCUCUCUUUUGUGUUUACUGGAAUGAAGCAAGUGCAAGAGUUGAGCACCAGAACUGUUCUUAUCUUGGAGAUGUUUCUGAACACAGGCACUGUUUUGCAUUCUACUGAGGCUUUGACAUGGGUAGGUAGGGAGCACAUGGCCGAACCUGCUGUCAGGUCUACAUACUUUGCAUCGAAGACACACAGACUUAUUGCAUGUCAAAGUUGCAGGUCUAACCAUGAUUUCGUCAACAAAAAAAAGUGAGGAUUUAUUACUUAUCUCUGUUCAGCCCAAGCAAGUUUUGACGUCUUGGAUUCUAAAAUAUAUAAGCACACAAAAUAAAAGUUUGCAUCAAAAUGGUUCAAAUACAUAUUUGAACACAUAUCUAGUCUUAGUACAUUGAUGUACUUCCAGUGGCUCUCAAGUCUCAGCUAAUAUGCCACCUAAGCUUCCUAGUGUUCAUUCGAAAGGGAAAGGAGAACUGGAAGCUACUGAAAAUGGAAAUUGUUCAACCAUGAAAUUUCCCUGCCUCAGAGAAGAAACUGAAUCCCAUUCAGACCUUAUGGAUUGGCAAGACAAUGACUGGAGAUAAAUGGAAGUUACUGCAUUUCUUGUGAAACAUGCUGAUGACACGUAAUGAGAUGUCUAUUUGCUAUCUAGGUUAAAUGUUUGUUUUAUAGUGGUUGCUUGUUCAGAUGCUACUCUUAUGCUGCGAUGCUUCCGUUGCCUUUCUGGCUGUGGAUUGAGAUUGCUGCAUUGGUUACAAAAACGUCUCCAGUCGUAGCUCUGCAGCAUUUGGUCAUUCUUAGCUUUGUUCAGGCUAAAGAUAUUAGCCGCCAAUAUGUUUUAGUUUCCCUCCUCAUUCUCCAAAGACUCUGGUAAGUGACAACCGCUCCAAGUUGCAGCACCAAUUCCAGGAUUGAUUUGUUGAACUUAUUUUUUUCAUUUUACCCAAAUUUCAUUGCAGGAAAAGUUUUUGUACCCUCUCUUGCGUGCAUAUUAAUUUUUUAUGUCAUAUCCAUUGCAUAUUGUUUCUUGUCUGCAGCGUCUCCUUAUUUUGCAAUUUAACAAUCAAUGAAAGCUUUUCCUGAGUAAGACGCCCCUUUUAUCAUUAUUAUCGAAGACUACACGGACUGAUAUGCCAGAAGAAUAAACAUGACUCGGUGAACUAAGCAAAUAUAAAUCAGGUUCUCAAAUACAAAACUAUCUAGAGAAAUUUGCUGUCGUUCAGUAAUGGAAUGGGCCCAUAUUUUGGGAAGAAUAAUGUUCAUUAAUUUCAAAUAAAUUCACCUUAAUUCUUGUUAUUCAUUUCUGUCUAAAUUUACUUCAACCUAUGUAAUGCUAGGUGUGUUAUUAGGGCCUUUUCAACACUGUAAUCGAAGCUGCAAGAGCUUAUGAUAAAGCAGCAAUCAAAUGUAAUGGAAAAGAUGCAGGGACCAAUUUAGAUUUGAGCGUUUAUGCAUAUGAGCUUAAUUGUAACUGUGUACAUUCACUAAGACCUGUAUGCUUCAAUCUCGUUCUUAUGAGUGAAUGUGUCAGUUUCUGGGCUAAUGCAGCUAAUAACACUGAUCAUACUCUGGAUCUUAGCCUGGGAAGUUCAGGAUUGAAAGGGUGAAAUCUAGACCAGAUUGAUGAAAAAAGCUCAAUCAUAAUGGAUUAAAUCCUGUGGUUUUUGAGACUGAUUGGAUAACUAGCAAACUAUGAUAUGCUUCCUUGUGAUAGUUCAGAUCACAAGCUCAAGUUGCUGGAAGAAGAAGAUAGCAGAGUGGAUUUUCCUAAUACUUGUGAAAUUCAAGGGCAUAACAUGAAAGGUUUUCUCUCAAUGCUGAACAAUUCAUCAUAUAGAUAUCCACAGUUCAAUCCAUCUUAAUAUCACCAGAUAUAUUCCUUCAUGACAUGUGGAUACUUCGGUUGGUUGAUUAUUAAUACAUGCGGUACAGAGGCUUUGACAUGAGAAGAUGGUGCGAUUUCAAAAUGCUUGGAGAGCAUGUUGGUGGAUCUGCUGUUUUAGGUCUAUAUACUAUUAUAUUGAAGACACACAAUAAUGGCUAAUGAAACCUGCAGUUCUAACAAUGGCUGACAUUGCUGAAAUGGCUUCACAAACAUCUCCAGUUCUACCUUUGUUCAGGCUGAAGGUUGCUUUAAUGAUAUCCUACGCUUUGGAGGCAGAACACUUUGGCUAGACCUCGCGAUUAUCAGCUGAAAUUUAACUGCAGGAUUUGUGAUGUUCCACGUUUAACAUCAGCACUUACAGAUGCUCAAGGACUUAGAAGACUAUGAAACUGAGACAAGUUUUUACGGGCAAGAACAUUGAUCGAUGGAUCGAGAGAUUAGGAGGAAAUUUCGCGGCAAAAGAGUAGCAAUUAAAGAAGUGACAGCAAAUUGGUCCCGUUAAUUCCUUCAUAUAUAUUUGACUUGCGCGGUUCAAGGGUCAUCUUCGAUCUAUAGAAUCACCAUAAGAUGAAAAGGAGUCUAUUUUCCGUAGUGAAGUCAUCGGUCAUCUUUGCGACAAUAUUGAUAUACUUGGCUAAUUUGGCACCAUAAAUGCUAUAUAUAUAUAUGUAUUCCUUUUCUUUUCUCUAUUAAUUCUUUAUUUCUCUUCUAUAUGCAUACAGAUUUCAUACCAAUAUAUCUUUUAGCUAGAUACUCUAACAAGAUCAAAAUAUAUCUUAUUCCACGAUGGACUACAGCUCCUACGUGUCCGCUGAAUUCUUGGGCAUCUUCGUACCCACAAUCAUGUACUGGCUUCUCUCAGGAGCCUACGCCCUAUUCGCCAACACGAAGAAGUACCGUCUGCAUCCCAAAGGGGAAGAAGACAUCAAAAACAUACCCUCAAGAAGUGAAGUCAUCAAGAUCGUCCUCCUACAACAAUCAAUCCAGAUCUCUGUAAAUCUCAUCCUCUUCAUGUUCAUCUCAGACAAUUCGGAUGCUAUCAAGCCCGAGCCCCCCUUCUUCGUGCGAUUGAUCCAAUUUAUCUCUGCUAUGGCAAUCAUGGACACAUACCAAUACUUCGUCCACAGAUUCUUACACACCAACAAGUUUUUAUACAAACACAUCCACUCCAAGCAUCACAAUCUCCUAGUCCCAUACGCGUACGCAGCUUUAUAUGCUCAUCCUUUCGAGGGAUUUAUCCUCGACAUAAUUGGAGGAGGCUUGGCUUGCUUGCUCUCAGGCAUGACCCCUUCGACUGCUGUCUAUUUCUUCACGUUUGGUACUAUGAAGACCGUUGAUGAUCACUGUGGCUUUAUGCUCCCCGGGCACCCCGUGCACGUUGUGCUUGAGAAUAACAGUGCUUAUCAUGAUGUGCAUCAUCAGCUGUAUGGAAAUAAGUAUAAUUUCUCGCAGCCUUUCUUUGUGACUUGGGAUAAGAUCAUGGGGACUUACAUGCCGCAUAAGCUUGAGAAGAGGGAGGAUGGAGGAUUUGAGGCUAAGCCUUUGAAGAAAGAGUGAAGGAUUCUUGCCUACUUAAUAAGAAGAGAUGUAUAUGAUAUGUUCUAUGUUAAUUGUUGCUGAUACUUUUCGUAUGGAACUCAGCAUAAUAUAGUUUGUAAUAUAUAUCAUAACUAAUUUCAGAUGAGUUAUUAGGUUUUUCA